CGACGGAGAUGAUUCAGUUCCGCAGAGAGACUCGUCUUCGACGUAACGCCGGUAGAAUCGCACAGUUCUCGAUCGGAGGGCCACUUUUUCAGGCUCGAAAAUAAUAAUGAUAAACUUGGCUUACGCGACAUGGACGGUUAGUUCUCUAUUCCGUACCAUCGCGAUCGAGAGAGCGGACUAGUUCGCGUUUCGAGAAUAAAAAAAAAAGGAUAAAAAGUAUAACCGUGUGGGAAAUUCGAUCGGUUCCUCAUCGACCGAUAACGAUACGGUAAGAUAAAUCAUCGGGGCGGGAUGUCGCGAGUAACCGGAGGAUAACGACGCGGCGUCAGAUCCCUCGUGAAAAAACGAAAGAGAUGUGAAACUAAAAAAUCCCCCUAAACAAGUGAUGUGGCAUCUCGCACUGGUGCUGGCCAUCGCGGCAGGGACUUACAGUUGCCACGCUUGUCCGGAGUCCUGCGAGUGUCAUCAGCUCCCGGAACCCGAGGAUCUAGCAGCUUUGGUGCAGGUGGCCUGCCUGGGCAGGACUCCGAGGGUGGUGGACCUGUCGUCGACGACCCGCCGUCUGAGGGUGAUCGACGCCGAGGAGAGCGAGCUCCUGGGGCUUCUGGAGGAGCUGGCGAACGCGACUCUGCCUCUGCCGUACCUCGACGAGUUCGAGUUCACCAACUGUUCCCUCACGACUCUGAACUCCUCUCCGUGGUCCUCGGGCUCCCUCGAGAGAGUGCGAAUACUGAACAUUUCGCGUAACCAUUUCACGGAUUUCGAAGAAGUGAGAACAGCGAGUCGAUCCAACCUGACGAGUCUGACGAUCCUCGACGUGUCGCGCAACCACGUAAGCAAUCUGAGCGCCGAGACGUUCGGGACACUGCCGGUUCUCGCGCGGUUGUGCCUGAAGGGAAACGACAUCUCUCACGUCGACGCGGAUGCUUUCCUCGGACUCGAACUGCUGGAGGACCUCGACCUCUCGGACAACAGACUCGUCACUCUGCCGGACAAGGCUCUGACGCCGCUGGAAUCUCUGCAGAAAUUGGACCUCAGCGGAAACCAGCUGAAAAUUCUCGGAGCGGGGUGGUUCGAAAGUCUCGGGAGACUUCGAGAGCUCGACGUGUCGCGAAACGGUCUGGCCCGCGCUGCGUCCGGAGCCCUCCAGCCGAUUCCGGGCUUGUCGGUGCUGAGAUUGGCCGGUAAUCCGUUGCGGGAACGCGACGUGUCGCUGCUUCUUGGCACGGGGAGAAAGCUCGAGACGGUCGACGCUUCGAGAACGGGUUUGAUCCGGGUACCGGCAGCUCUGACGAGAUCCGUGCGAGCCCUGAGACUGGCGGGUAAUAAGCUGACAUCGAUUCGCGGUGGCGAUUUGGAUAGCUAUCCUCUUCUCCGUUUGUUAGACAUGUCGGACAACCGUUUAAUCGACGUGGAAGUGGACGCUCUCGGCCGUCUCGAGGUCCUCGACGAUCUCGAUGUGUCCGGUAAUUUUCUGACCGAGGUACCGAAAAGCCUUCCGGGUAGCUUGACGUCCCUCAACCUCGAUCGCAAUCCGAUAAAAAUCCUGAGAUUCAACGACCUGCAGGGGCUGUGGAACCUACGUUCGUUGUCCCUUAGGAAAAAUUCCGUAACCGAAAUCCAGGAAGGCGCGUUCGGGCAGCUACUCGCCCUCGAAGUCCUCGACAUCUCCGACAAUCCGAUCAAAGAGCUUCCAGCGAAUACUCUGAACGGACCGCCGUGUCUGAAUAUUCUGAGAAUGUCGGGACUCGGCAGUCUCCGGUGGAAUCAACGAGAGCAAGGAGACAUGACGUUUCCCGUUCCCGCCCCCGAAAGACUGGCGGACCUCGACGUGUCCGGAAGUCCGGUACUGGCGGCUCAACUCCUCGCGGACACCGCGGCACUCUCCGCCUGCAAGAGUCUGGUUCGCCUGAACCUCGAAAGAACGAACUUGACAUCCAUUAGAUCGGACUUGAUUUACUUCGUGCCGCAGCUACGCGCGUUGGGUCUCGGCGGCAACUCUUGGUGCUGCAACGAGGAUCUCUAUUGGCUCGGAGAGUGGUCCAGAGAUCACUCGGAGCUCGAACCUCUGGCGAGGUGUUCGGAGGAGGAUGAAGGUGGAGACCUGGGGGGAAUCUAUCUCCGGGAAUUACCAUCUCCUCCGACACCGCCGUCUACUACCAGCAUCGAGGCGCCCUCGGAACCCUCAGCUAGUAUUACCGGGACGAUUAAAACACCGGAAACAUUAAACACGGAGGGUAACCGGAGCUCGACGUCUUCCCGCGAAACAACCGACGAAGAGGAUCGCGUUCGCGACGAUUACCCAGCGACCGAGCCGCUCCGUUUCGACCCGGGGAACGACACAAACUUGGAAACCGACGGAGAACCGACGGAAUCCGAGUCAACGACCGCGCGAAUGACCCUCGAGUCCGCGAAGAAGAUCAAGCAGAUGAUAUACGAAAUAAAAUCCGCGACGAGAAAUCCAACGGCGCAUUCGAUUCUGUUGAAUGCCUCUCACCGCCUUUCACCCCCCCGCAAUAACCGACCUCUACAAAUCGCGACCAAGUCAACGAUCGCGACGAGACGGAGAAACGAUUCCGUCUCGAAUCUGAGUUCCACUUCCGGCUCCGAGCGGGAAGUCAAGUCGGAGAAGAAGAGCAAGGAGUCGGUGGAGGUGAAAGUCGCUACCGAAGGUUCUGCAAAAACGGUCGCCGAGGAGCUGAGCGGUCGCGCAACGGACUCCGAUGCGAGAAUAUCAGAGGCGUUAUCAGCGGGAGCUCAUCCCGGGAUGCUCGUCUUGGUAGGAGCAGCGUUGGGCGCAGCGGCAGCGCUUUCGGUGGUCCUUUCAAAGCGCGCAACCGCCAGAAGAAGAGACUGCUGCUACCAGCGUCAAGAAAACAUCGAGGUCCACACGCUGACACCGGUCACGGAAUUGUGGUGAUCUCGAUCGUUGCUUGGAGAAGCGAAGGUAAAAGAUAUCUUUCACGGAUAAACCGACGGUUUGUCAAUCGACAAUAAUCCUGUGUCGAGAUGGAGGGGCGAGAGGGAAGUUGACGAGGGGAAGGGAGAAGUUUCGGAAAAAAGGAGGAUCGACGAGGCUCGAUGAAUGGUAACGCGAAUGUAUAAGGCGCGAUAUUUAACGGACGGUGUACAAGUUUUGUAAUUGUGUCAGUUUUGGGAAACGUAUGUACUAUAAUAGUGAGUAUACAUGUAUUCGUUUGAUAAAGAGACAAGUGUAGGACGAACGUAAGGUAAGAUGAAAAAUAGGUAACAGUGUUCGAAUCGAGUUGUCAAAAAAUGAAAAGAAAAUAGAACUGUUCACUGUGCGUCGAGAUAAGAUAAGUUUAGCGGGAGACCGAAAACCCAGUCGCCAUUUGUACAGAAUUCUUGCUUCGAGGAUUUUAUCCGCCUUAAAAGAAAGAAAAAUUGAAAAUGAAAAAAGAACAAACAAAAAUUAAUGAAUAAUAAUUAUGAGGCGGCUUGCCGAAUUCCGUAAGAAUAUAAACAAAGAGGUUAGAUAUUAUCUUUCUUAAAAAUAACCAGUGUCAAAAUACCAUUAUUAUGAUAAUAAACUAAUGUACAAAGAA